AAUAUAUAGUACUCCACCUACUAAUUAUAUAUAGCAUGCAGUGCUAUAUAUCUUAUAGAUAUGUAAAACAAGUUUGCCUGUUAGUUUGUGCAGUUUCUUAUAAGCUUCUCCUCCUCUUCUCCGAUGGCUUCUUCCUUCCAAAGAUCUGGAUAUCGUCAUAUAGAAUAGUUAGAGAAAGUAGUAAGUACUGGUGAAUAACUAUCUAGAGAUUGGUCGAUGAUCAUACUGUUUGAUUCUAGCUGAGCGAUCGAUAAGGUUUGCUAAGGAAGCACAGUGCAGCAUAUAUUGUGUGAUACAUAUAUACAGCAAUUGAUUACCAACGAUAAGUCAGCGCGGGCGCAAAAGGUUCCGGCCGGAGGUGCCGGAGAUAAUUAAUUUAAUUGUCAUCAGCAGCAGCACCUGGCAAUUAAUUAUAUAUCAAUGUCCGGCCUGGAAGCAAGCCCAGGUGCUGGUACAGGGUCUCGUUAUGCUGCUCAUCAACUCCUGGGACCGGAACUGCAACUUCAAAGAGAUGCCAAAACUCCACAACCAGGUAAUUAUAAAGACGACAUCAAUGAUCCUGAAUCUGCCACCACUAGUAGUUCAGGUGCCGGUAAUUCCUCCUCUGGACGCAGGCCUCGCGGCCGUCCUGCUGGUUCAAAGAACAAACCCAAGCCCCCAAUAAUCAUUGCUCGGGACACCCCAAAUGCUUUAAGAUCUCACCUACUUGAAAUAUCCCCGGGCUCAGAUAUAGUUGAAUCAAUAUCAAAUUAUGCAAGGCGCCGAGCCCAUGGAGUUUGCAUUCUCAGCGGUAGCGGAGCAGUCACAAAUGUUACUUUGAGGCAGCCAGGUGGUGCGGGUAGUUCUGCUGUGAUGAUGCUGCACGGGAGGUUUGAGAUCUUGUCCCUAACUGGGACAUCGCUUCCAUCACCAGCACCACCUGAAGCAGGCGGCCUUUCGAUAUCUCUUGCUGGAGGACAGGGACAGGUUGUGGGUGGACGUGUGGUGGGGCCAUUGAUGGCGUCAAGUCUUGUGGUUUUGAUGGCUGCCUCCUUUGCAAAUGCAAUAUAUGAUCGGUUACCAGUGGAGGAGGAUCGGGGGUCAGUACCAGCAGUAGAGGUGCAGCAGCAGCAGCGGCCAGCAGCCUCACAAUCGUCGGGUGUGGCUGGAUCAGGUGGAGGACAAGUUGGUGGUGGCGGAAACGACGGCAGUAGUGGUGGUGGAGGUGUACCCUUUUAUAAUCUGGGAGUGAACGGUAUGGGAAGCUACCCUUUUGCCGGUCAUGGCGAAGGAGAUCAUAUGUUUAGUAGUGCAGCAGGUCUACAGUUUAAAUGAGUAUAUACCGCUAGCUAGCUACUAGUGUCAAUAAUGAACAUCCCAAUUUAAAGAUCUGAUUAAUUGUUGUCUUCCCGUAUUAAUUUCAAGAAUUAGAUAAGGAUAUUGGUGCUAAAUCAGUAUUGCUUCAAGAUCAAGAAGAAGAAGACGAAGAAGAAGAAGAAGAGUGCAGGGAAUUCUGUGUCUUUCAGUAUUAAUUCAAGAAUUAAAUAAGCUUAGAGCCUCUUGUGUUUUUUAUUUAGUGACUUGUAGCUUCUUAUA